AUGACGAUUCAAUCAGAACGGCUAUUCGAGCCUAUCAAAAUAGGGGAUGUAACCCUUAAGCAUCGCGUGGUUAUGGCUCCUAUGACUCGCCUCAGAGCGGACAACGAGACGGCAGCUCCUAGUGCUAUGUCCAUAGCAUACUACGCGCAGAGGGCAAGUGAUGGGGGAUUGAUCAUUUCUGAGGGGACUGUGCCUUCUGUGGAAGGCAGAGGUUGGCCCAACAGUCCAGGGAUAUGGUCAACGGAGCAGAUCGAUGCAUGGAAGAAGAUCACAGAUGCUGUUCAUGCUAAGAAAGGAACGAUAUUCUGUCAGCUAUUCGCGGCGGGACGUGUAGCCAACCCAAGUAUCGCACCCGUCAUAUACGCCCCAUCAGAUAUCAAUGAUCCCACCCCUGGUGCCCCUACACCACCUCUCAAAGUUAUGACUCGGGAAGAUAUCACCAAGAGUAUCGCCGAUUUCACUCAAGGAGCUAAGAACGCGAUUGCAGCUGGUUUUGACGGCGUGGAAAUACACUGUGCCAACGGAUAUCUCCUUGACCAGUUUAUCCAAUACAACUCCAAUCAGCGUAGUGACGAAUAUGGCGGCUCACUAGAGAACCGGUUCAGAUUCCCAUUACAGGUGAUCUCUUCCAUCUCAUCAGCUAUUGGUGCUUCAAAAGUGGGAGUUAGGAUAUCUCCAUUUGCAACGUUUCAAGGAAUGAGACCCUCUGACCCGUUGGCGGUGUUUAUCCCUUUCACCAGAGCGGUUCUUUCCUCUACCCCAGGUCUAGCUUAUAUAUCGGGAUUGAUGCCUAGAGCCAACGGAGCGGAUGAUCAAGCGAAUCUAGUUGAGAACGAUGCCUUGGAUCCGAUAAGAGAUAUCGUCGUUGUGACAGGAGUGACAUUUUUCGUUGCAGGUGGAUUUACAACACAAAGCGCCAAAGGACAUGCAGAGAAACAUAAUGAUCUCAUCGCCUUUGGAAGGUAUUUUACGUCAAAUCCAGAUCUUCCACAGAGGAUCAGAAACGACUGGCCGCUGGUCAAGUACGACCGAGACACCUUCUACACCCCUGGCAAGGAAGGUUAUCUCGACUGGACAGAGUACAAAGCUAUCCAUCAGUUUGACGCUGUUUAUCCCUAA